UCUAUUUUGAUCACGGACCACACACAAUCGUAGCGGCAACUGUUUUGUACGAUUUAUCUACGGGUUUUUUUUUUACUUUUUAUAAAUCAAUGGAUGUUCCAGGACCAAAUAAAGAUAACAUCAGAGCGGGGUGCAAGAAAUGUGGAUAUCCGGGGCAUUUGACUUUUGAGUGCCGAAAUUUCAUAAGAGUUGACCCUCAAAAAGACAUCGUACUGGACGUGAGCAGCACCAGCACAGAGGAGAGUGAAGACGAUGAACCCUUGCAGGUCAAUGAGAGGCAACGUAAAGGUAAUGAUGACCGAAAAGUAAAGAACAAACGCAAGAAGAGUAAGGAUCGCAAGUCAAGAAAAAGAUGCCCCUCAUCUUCAUCAAGUGAAGAAGAGACGCCAAAAAAGAAAAAGAAGAAACACCGGUCCAGCUCUGACAGUGAUGAGCGAUCCAAGAAGAAGAAACUGAAAAGCCACAAAAAGAAAAGUAAAAAGAACAAAAAGGACAACAGUAAAGAUGACAAAAAGAAGCACAAGAAGAGGAAACAUGAAUCGUCCUCCUCGUCAAGUAGCAGCCAGUCCUCAGACAGUGACUGACUAUGAAUCAAAUGUACCAGAUUUGUCAUUUUGGGUUUUACAGAACAUACUUUUAGGUUUCUACAUAAAUAAGGGAUUAUAAAACCAUAAUUUUAAUUGAAUAUGUUUGUGAUGGAUGAAAACGUGUUGAAACAAUAUACAUUUAGUUUUGUGGACUCUGAAUGCAUAAAACACCAUGCUAUAAAAAUGACAGUCACUCUGUGAUUCCAGAAGAUUGUGAAAGUAAAUUAUCCACCCACAUUCAUUUACAUGGAUAAAUGGGGAUGCUUGAUGUCCAUUUAUCUUACUGUAUUUUUUUUAUAAUGAAAUAAUAAAAGUUGUUUGACAC